AUGGCUGCAGGGACUGAUUUAUCGUGUCCUUUUACUGUAUUAAAUGGUCGAUUCUGUAAUGAUAAUAGGGCACCCAUUGGCGAUGAGAACUCCGAGGCCCUGGAGAGCUUGAAACAGAUGAAUAUCGGGAAACCUCCUCGGCACCUUUCGGUCAUUCGGCAUUGCAUCAGCAGUGCUCAGCUGGUGGCUGAAGACGAAUUGGAGUUGAAUAUUGAGAAUAUUGGCCCCAAAUCACCAGCAAACGAGAAGUCUAUGUUUUUACCCAUUUUUCGCUCUGGGAGUUGUUCAGAUAAAGGACCCAAACAGUACAUGGAAGAUGAGCACUUAUGUAUAGAUAAUCUACUUGAACAUCUUGGAGAAGUUGCAAAUUUCCCAUCACUAGGGGCUUUCAAUGGGGUGAGUAACAUAAAUACUGCUGAUGCAUCUUCCGAUUUGUCAUUGGUUGUUAAUUUUCCAUACCAUUCAUCCUCAUCUAGUACAAUAAAAUCAUGGUAUGGCUAG